AACUGUCAUAACGGUCUUAUAAUAAUAAUGUUCCUAAAUGUUCUCGAAAAACAAAACAUGGUUACAAGGUUUCUCCUUCUUCCAUUCUCCUUGUCCUCUCCAGAAAAUUCAAUGUACAUUAAUAGUUUUGUAUGAUCAACGCCUUCAAACAUUCUCACAGAAAUUGCUAGACAUAUGUAGUAUUUCUGACAGAUCUCUAUGUUAUCUCUUCACAAUGUUUGAUUCUGGUUACAAGUCACAGUAUAUUGGAGGUCAGAAAGAGAAAUUUGUGAGGUUGGACGAUUUGGAUGCGAAUUUGACUACGCCAUCUAGCUCAAGAGGGAUGAAGAAAUUAAGAUUUAAUUUAGAUUCUUUGCCUAUUCCUUUUCGUGGUCGCGGAAGAAAAAACACAUCAAAAUCGUUUCGUGUAGGAGUGAGAAAGGGAUCAGAUGGACUAAAAAAUAUUGGAAGAUCACUCAAAAGUGGAGUCACUACUUGGGCAGUGUUUCCAGAAGAUCUUAAAGUGUCACAGAAAAAAGUAUUUGAUCCUCAAGAUAAGAAUCUUCUGUACUGGAACAAAUUUUUCGAGAUUCUUUGCAUUCUUUCUAUAGCUUGUGAUCCUUUCUUUUUUUAUCUUCCUUAUUUCAACCACAAAUCAUAUUGUUUAGCCAUGGAUAACCACCUAGCAAAGUAUAUUGUUACAUUGAGAACAAUAUGUGAUUGCAUUUAUCUCAUCCGGAUAAGUUUCCAAUUCCGCACCGCCUUCAUUGCGCCUUCAUCUCGAGUAUUUGGAAGAGGUGAACUUGUCAUAGAUCCUGGAUUGAUCGCGAAGCGAUAUUUACGACGCUACUUCGUUUUUGAUUUCUGGUCUGUACUGCCAUUGCCACAGAUUGUAUGGUAUAAAUAUCUUUAUAGUUCAAGACGUAUGGAAGUAUUGGAUGCAAAAACAUCACUAUUGAGACAUGUUAUAAUGCAAUAUUUACCGAGAUUUGUACGCUUUAUACCUUUGGCUUCAGAAGUUAAAAAAACAGCUGGUGUUUUUUCGGAAAAUGCAUUGCUUGGUGCCAUGUACUAUUUGAUCUGGUAUAUGCUUGCUAGCCAUAUAUCAGGUUCUGUCUGGUACUUAUUAUCCAUAGAACGGAACGACACGUGCUGGACGAAUGCAUGUAAAGCAGUUCAAGGGUGUAAUACACAUUUUUUGUAUUGUGGAAGUUCAAAUAAGCAUAUACGAGGAUAUGAAAGUUGGAGAAAUGUCAGUGAAAAGGUUCUUAAAAGUAAAUGCUUUGUUGAUGAUGGUAACUCACCUUUUAAUUAUGGAAUCUUCUCUCAAGCUAUUGAGUCUGGUAUUUGUUCUUCCAUAGAAGUCUUUCCCAAAUUUUGUUACUGUCUAUGGUGGGGCCUUCAAAAUUUGAGUACACUUGGUCAGGGGCUUCUAACUAGUACCUACCCUGGAGAGGUUAUGUUUUCCAUAGUAAUAGCUAUUAUGGGGCUUGUGCUUUUUUCUCUUUUGAUUGGAAACAUGCAGACCUACCUUAAUUCAAUGUCGGUUCGUCUGGAGGAAAUGAGGAUCAAAAGGCGUGACUCCGAGCAGUGGAUGCAUCAUCGCUUGCUUCCUCCGGAGCUAAGGGAAAGAGUCAGACGUUACGACCAAUACAAGUGGCUGAACACCCGAGGGGUCGAUGAAGAAAGCUUGGUUCAGAAUCUUCCAAAAGAUCUCAGAAGAGAUAUCAAACGCCAUCUUUGUUUGAAUUUGGUCAGAAGGGUUCCUCUCUUUGCUAACAUGGACGAACGCUUGCUUGAUGCGAUAUGCGAGCGAUUGAAACCAAGUUUAUAUACAGAGAAAACUUACAUAGUUAGGGAAGGUGAUCCAGUUGAUGAGAUGUUGUUCAUCAUUCGUGGUCGUCUAGAUAGUGUUACUACAGAUGGUGGAAGAAGCGGCUUUUUCAACAGAGGAAUUUUGAAGGAAGGUGAUUUCUGUGGUGAAGAGUUGCUAACAUGGGCAUUGGAUCCAAAAUCUGCUGCUAACUUGCCAUCAUCAACAAGAACAGUGAAAGCUAUGAGUGAGGUAGAGGCAUUUGCUUUAGAAGCAGAGGAAUUAAAGUUUGUUGCAUCACAGUUUAGACACAUACAUAGCAGACAGGUUCAGCAUACGUUCCGAUUCUACUCGCAACAAUGGAGAACAUGGGCUGCUAUCUACAUUCAAGCUGCAUGGAGGAAGUAUUUAAGGAGAAAACGCAGAAAGGAGGAGGAAGAAGAAUAUUAUGAAUCUGAUUAUCCGGGAAGUGAUGAUCCUUCACAGGCUUUGGUUCCGCGUACUGAAAGUUCGUCAAAAUUUGGAUUUAAUACAACAAUCUAUGCUUCUCGGUUUGCUGCUAAUCUUCGUGGUCAUAGACAUCGAGUUCCAAGUUCAAACGACCUGAUGAACAUUCCAAAGCCCCCAGAACCUGACUUCAGUGCUCUUGAUAAUGAAGAGUGAUCAUGUUCUGUUAUUUUCAUUUACACUGCUGCAAGUGUCCUUCAGUAUGACACUAUUUGCACUUGUAAAAUAUUUGUAUUCGUCAUCUGAUUACGGUGUUAGGUUAUACAGUAUGACAAAAAUUUUGGUGGGGUUAGCCUAUAAAGACAUGGUUCUAGGCUUCUUGAAUUUCGAUAGAUAUCUGAUGUUUAGAUAAAUAUAGCUGCUUGUACACCAUUUUGACAGAUCUGUAAGUUAUCUACAUAUUUUCUUGUAA